AUGAAAGCUGUAGAUCCUAACCGCUUCCACCUCCCAUUCGGAGGAAAUACUGUUGUCCUCGGGGGUGACUUCCGACAAAUACUUCCUGUCAUUCCUAGGGGUUCAGAGGGUGAAAUUGUUUCUUCUUGCAUCACACGUUCAAAGCUCUGGAAGAUUGCUACAGUUUUCAAAUUAUAUCAGAACAUGCGUCUGAACAAAGGCACUAACGAGGAAGAGGUUCAAAAUUUAAGAGAUUUUGCUAAGUGGGUUCUGCAUGUUGGCGAUGGUAAGAUUAAGCCUCCAACUGCUGGUGACAGAGAAUAUCAUGAUGAUGACAUCUGCAUUUCAGAACACUUUUGCAACCUUGAAAAUUCAAACAGUGUUGAUGAGAUGAUUGAUAGUACAUUCCCUGAUUUUUUGAAGAAUUUCAAAGAUCCAGAAUACUUAAGUGAGCGUGCAAUAUUGACGCCAACUAACCAGAUUGUUGGACAUGUGAAUACGCUCAUAGUGGAAAAGAUUCCUGGAGAAAUGCAUUCAUAUUAUAGUGUCGAUUCUGCGGAGGAUUUUCCAGGUAGUGAAAGAGACCAGAUGCAGUCAUUUCCACCCGAGUACAUGAACUCAUUAAACGUUCCAGGUUUGCCUCUUCAUGAACUGAAACUAAAAGUUGGCACUGUCGUUAUGCUUAUGCGCAACUUAAAUCAAACACUUGGUUUAUGUAAUGGAACACGAAUGAUGGUGACGAAGUGUCUUAAAGAUUGUGUGCCAUGUGAAGUCAUACCGGGGUCUUACAAGGGAACAAAGCAUUUCAUCCCUAGGAUGGAAUUAUCUCCAUCUGAAACCCGUUUGCCCUUUCGAUUAUGUAGAAAGGAAAUGCCACUGCAAAUCUGUUAUGCAAUGACCAUCAACAAAUCACAAGGGCAGUCUCUGGAGAAAGUUGCUUUGUUCCUACCUAAACCAGUCUUCACCCAUGGCCAAUUAUAUGUAGCUAUUAGUCGCGUCACUUCUCCACAAGAUCUGAAGCUAUUCAUAAACGAUGAAGAGGGUAACACUACCAACAUCACUGCCAAUGUUGUUUACCGGCAGAUUUUCUACAAUUUACCAGUCAUUUAG